CGUAUGAGUUUAGCAAAGCCAAAGGCCAAGAGAAACUCUCUCUCUCUCUCUCUCUCUCUCUCUGAAUUUAUUUGAGAUGUAAUGAUCGGUUAAACUAUAAUUUCGAAAAGAAAAAAAAAAAGGUCUUGUCUGGUUCCCUCUGGGUGUAAUUGCUGUUUUGAUGAUGGGAUUUUGCAUCUGUCCGUUGGAGUCUCCGGCUAGAUUACUAUGGAGUACAAGCUUCUUUCGUCAUAAGAUCAUCAUCUUCUAAUCCCCUUUAGCUUCAUCGGUCUUUCUCUUUACUUUGAACCCAAUCCUCUCUCUCUCAGUUUCUCUGUUUUCUUUGUAUUUUUCUUGUCUGGUUAAAUCGAGAUGGAAUCCAAUUCGUUUUUCUUCGAUCCUUCUGCCGCCCAUGGCAACAUGUUCUUCUUCCAAGGAGCAAGAUCGAUGAUGAACAUGGAGGAAUCAUCAAAGCGAAGGCCCUUCUUUUGCUCCCACGAGGAUCUUUACGACGACGAUGACUAUAACGACGACCACACACCCGACAAAAAGCGUCGCCUCACUACCCAACAGGUGCAUCUGCUGGAGAAAAGCUUCGAGACCGAGAACAAGCUGGAGCCAGAGCGCAAGACUGAGCUUGCUAAGAAGCUUGGUCUUCAGCCAAGGCAAGUUGCUGUCUGGUUUCAAAACCGACGUGCUCGUUGGAAAACAAAGCAGCUCGAGAGAGACUUCAGUCUCCUCAAAUCUUCUUACGACCAACUCCUCUCUAACUACGACUCCAUCCUCAACGACAACCAUCUCCUCAGAUCCCAGAUGACUUCCCUGGCAGAGAAGCUCCAAGCCAAAGAAGAGGCAACUAAGGAGCCAUCGGGUCAAGUGCCCGAAGCAAACCCCCAGCAGCAGCUUGAUUCGGUGAACAUGAACCAUAUCGAACCAUCGCCAAUCAAAACAGAGGACCGGUUGAGUUCAGGGAGUACGGUACUAGACGAAGAAGACGCUCCUCAACUACUAGACAGCUGUGACUCUUACUUCCCAAGUAUCGUACCCAUCCACCAACUGGAGGAACAUAACAACAACGGGAGUGAUAAUGACCGGAGCUGUUUCGUUGUUGACGUAUUUGGGGCCACCACUUCGCCGCCGCACGGUCACGGUGAAUCACUAGGAUUCUGGGGCUGGACGUGAAAGCUAAAUGCAAAACACAAUUAUGUAUUUUUAUAUCUUGUGUGUGUUUUCUUUUUAAAAUACAGCAUUGUUUGUUUCCAUGUUGACGUAACGCUGCAUAAUUUGUGCCUUUGUGGACCGGUGGAGUGACCCAAAUCCACGGUAUUGAAUUAUUGAUCGGUUAUAUAUAAAUGUUAUCAUUGUGAAACGUACGAA